ACAAACAAUGGCAUGGAAUUUAGAAUAGCAUCAACCAAUCAGUUCUCUCAAUCAAACAAACUGCAUUCUGAACUGAUGUAUGACAGUUGAUGGCCAAGCACGCAGCACUCACAGCAUGAGGGACGAGGACAAACCUCAGCGUCCUAAAACGGCUCUUGUGAGCGGAGGCACGAGCAGGAGUCGUACCAUUCGGCCACUACUGAGGCAGACCUGCUGGGCUCCCCAUGUCCCCUCCACUCCUCACCAGACUGGGGAGGGCCCAAGGCACAGCGCUGCGUGUAAGCUCCUACUGGACAAUGGGACGGUGGGCGGGCGGGUGUGGGGGGAACUUGGCAGGUGUCUGAUUCCUCCCCACAAGGUGGGUGUCUCAAGACUGACCCAAACAUCACCCAAUGACCCAGACACGCGUCAGGUUGGGGCCAGUGAGGAUAAGGAGGGGAAAACCCCAUGGUACGUCACUCUCCUUAAGGAAAAGGAGCAGUCUCUGCUGGUGCUGGCCAAUGAGAUCAGUCGGCUGUCCGAGGUGGAGAGCGAGAGUGUGAGGAAGGACCGUGAGCUAUGUGCCCUGCGGGAGAGGCUGCAGGACGAGACCCAGCAGCUAAGACGCACCCACGAGAAUGUGGUUCGAGCCCAGGUGUGGUGGAGAUGCAUAUUUCAGAGCAUGGCAGAGCUGAUCCUGGACCUGACAGAGGAGGUCAGGCGGCUGCAAAGCGCAGACAAGGAGCUGCAGCAGAAGAACCAGCUGGUUGCUGACCUGCAACAGGAAGUGACAUGCCUGCGGGAGGGGUCGCUCUCGCAAAAGGACCAACAUGCAUCUGGCAUACACCAGGAAGACGCCCUGCAUCUACAACAGGAAGUGACCUGCAGGAGGGAGGAUCCAUCAGAGUUAGAGGAGCCCUCCACUGACGAAGCUACUGCAUUAAUGGAGAUGGAGACUAAUCAAGAGCCGCACCAGUCAGAAGUGAUCUACAGUGCGGGGGAGGAACCCAGUGAGACGAGAGACGAGCUUGCAAACGCAGAAAACAAUCUCAUCGCAGCCCUGGAGAGAGCCAAUCAGACGCUGAAGAAGGAGCUGGAGGAGGCCAGGACCAAUCACAAGAUGACCUCUGGCACUCUCUGUUCUAUGCACAGAAUCCUGUCUGUGAAGGAACAUGAGCUCCUCACUGUUAAGACGGAGCUGCAGGACAUGAAGAAGGAGUUAAAAGACCGGAUGACACAGUUACAGACCAUGUCCCGCAAGUUUUCCUGUCUGCGGGAUGGAAAGAUGAGAGAUGAGCUGAUGAUGACCUUGGAGAAGGAGAACUACUCCCUGCGGCACCUGGUGGUGCGGCUGCAGGAGAGGUUGUCCCAGAGGGAGCAGAACGAGCUGAGGAUGUGUAAGCAGGUGUGUGAGCUGGAGGAGGAGGUGCGGGCAGAGAAGCUGCAGAGGAGCAGGCUGAGAAAGGAGGCGCAGGUGCACGAGCAGCUCGCCAGGGAGCUGCAGCUCAGCAUCAACUCCUCACAGGUGUCUCUGGAGCAGUUGCAGUCAAAGUAUGAGCGACUGCGUGUGAAAGUAAUCCAGGCCGUCUACUCAGCUCCUGGCACCAAACCCCCUCAGAAAGAGAUCAGCGAUGCAGCCAUAUACUACACCAUGCAGAAAAUCAUUGAUGACCGGUCCAGAUUCCACCAGCGGCUGGUACAGAGAGGAGACAAGGUUCCCAGUCUGGCCAUCAGCGAUGCUGCGCCAAGCUCCAACGUCCUCGGAUUAUGAACCCCAAUUUAUGUCUAUUUUGUGAGCAAGACGAUAACCUGAAAUAAACCGUGAAAGAACCUGAAA